AUGGACAAUGCAUGCAAAGAGCAUGACCAUGAGCACGAAAUUCAGUGGCGUGACGAGUUGAAUACUAGGUAUAUCACUAUGAUGGAUGCUGACGAGGUUUGUUUGCUCUUUCUGGACGACCUUCUCACUGGUAUCUUCCAAGAAAUGCAAGUGCGUGCAGAAAAUCUAGCGCUUUUCUCAAUACCAGCACGUCAACUGUGCGUACAACUUUUCGAGAGUCUUAACGUGAGUGCAUUAAAACCAUCCCCAUCGCUGGAUCAAUCACCUGAUCGAUGGUAUACUAGAGAUCAGUCAAAUAUUCUACAAUAUGACCCUCAGCUUGGUGAUUUGUCAUCAGAUUGCUCGAAAAGCGCGCUACAACUUCUUGAUUCAUCUCAUUUGGAAGUAGGAGAAUCUAUCUGGACUAAGGAAGAGACUCCACCGCAAAGUAUUGAAAUUGAUCGUCAAGUUCCUGGUCAAAUUGGCAAAAAAGCGUCAACAAAUGCUGUUGAGCGUGCGAUGAAGCGUAAAGUUUUGCUUCAGAUGCCACGACGGCAAGGGAGUCGAUGGAAAACAGUGCAGAAUAAAGUUGUGACGGACUUAGGAAUCAAAUUAACGCGAGAUAACGCUACGAAACGGUCUGCUAGGAGUGUGAGCUCAGAAAAUGACGCAGACCAACCGAAAGCUGUGACAUCUGCUAACAUUUUUUCGUUGGAUAAACCGCAAGAGGUUUUAAGUCACGAAACCGCAUGUCGACAGGAUCUUUCGACGCAAGCUGAACAGGAAGUAGCUCGUCGUACUAUCACAACCAAAAGUGCAUUGCUAAGUAUCAAUAAAUCACCUCUUGGCAAUCCUGACGCGCUUGGCAUCUCAUCACGAGGUGAGUGUCAAGUCUCUUAUGCUAACGUCAGAGCGAAAUCGAUUGUCACAUUGGGAGUCGAGUCUCUUUCACCCACUCGACCGCUACAAGGUCGAAAGAAUGUCAAGAAUCCACGAAGUAAAUUCGAGUUAGAGCGCAAACCAUUGCUUUUUGCUAUUUCUGAUUGCGUACAAGAAGAGCCUGACGAACGACAUGCUGCUGUGUGCUCACCUAUCCAACAAUCUUGUCCAUUUUCACUACCUGAAAGUUUAAAACCUGAACCUCCUCUGCCGAUGUUGCCUUUACUCAAUUCUUCUAGUCUUGCUGUUGGAGUAAAAGCAGUUGUUGGUGGUGUUGAAAUUCGAGGACCAAAGCGAUAUCCAAGCCGCAAUGUACGACUUCGACUUCAUAAUUACAGACUCUCAGAAAAAGAGCUCAGCAGUUCAGACCAUGACUUAGCGGAUUGUGGCCAUGUGCCAUUUUCUCCUGUUCAAACGUCAGCUGUUCGAGAUGAAGAUUCGUAUCGAUUGCCGAUUCUUCCACUCAUGUCUCCGAUUAAGGCCAAUCCACUUAAACAUGUGACGCUUAAGUCACAGAAUUAUGAUGGUAUGAAGGGAAGAAUGACUAGAAUUUCCCCCAAGUCUCAUGUACGUCAACGACCUGUACCGAAAGUAAAACAACAAGUAUGGGAAAGCUCCAAUCCUUCGCCACCACGAGUUCGGAAUUAUCAUUUUGCAUCUGGUAAAAGUUUUCGAAAGAUUUUCUUUAGUCAUGACAAUGACGAAGAAUUAUCUUGUGUCAAAUUACAAGAGGAUGAAAGAGAGAAUGAUUAUCAGUCUUUGGUGGCACCACGACGAAAUGAUCUACCGGUAGUUGAUUUAUUCAAUUCAGAAUUAUUGGCUGAUUACGAUUGUGACAAUAAUUUUUAA